AUGGCCCCGGGGCGAUUGGGGUCGCAAACCACCACCAUCAUCGGAAGACGACGACCGGACGAGAACCAUCUUGUUCUAGCGCGGAAAUCUCUGCAGACGUACCUCUCGAUCGAAAGGCGCUCGGACAAGACAACAACAUUUAGCCGGCCGAGUCCAAUCACGGCUGAGCCACACCUGGAUCGAUGCCCGAUGAGUCAGCAUCUGCCAGAUUCUGCUCCUGCAUGCCGCCAGCUCCUCCAUCCACGAGCCACUGCUGCGCCACGAUCGGAACGGCCGAAUGCAAAGACCGACAGAAGGCACCGAGGCAGACACCUCACGGGCCCUAGAAGGAAUGUGACGGGAUUGUUGGGACCAAUCUCUUCGCUAGAGUUCUCGUUCUCGCUGUCGUAUCCGGUUCCCUGGGUACCCACGUGGAAUCUCAACAAUCGGGUGGCGAGACAUGGGAUCUCUGUACAAGAAAAUAGUAAGCGAUAG